AUGGCACACUUGGCAAGGGUUUCCCGCGAGAUGCUUUAUGCACAACCACCACCCCAGUUCGAGGAGAGCGGCCAAUCAUCGCAACAAAACAUGGCCCAGCCCAAGGGGCGUGCCACAGAGCAGCCGACCUGGCAGCACGAGCAGAUGUCGAAAGCGUUCAAGAAGUCAGGAAAGAAAAGCAAGUGGCAGAAGCUUGACAUCCACCACGACACAAUAGCAGACUAUACCCAUGAUGCCGACCCACCUGUCCGUUUAGCGUCUCACCUUCACCAGUUCGCUCCUUCAACGCCAGCCCCCUCAGACUCGACUCACGAUACUCCGUCGCCCAACGCUGAACAAUCCAAACCCCACAAAGGACCUCACAAAGGCGGCAGAAACGGAAAAAAGAUGGCUUCCCGCUACGUUCCUCCUCAUCUGCGUAAGAAGCAGAGCAAUGGUGACGCCCUGCAUGCAGACACAGCAAACCCCACCCCAGAGAUGAAGGUACUGAAGUUGGAGGGCGCCGAUCCCUCAGAGGUGCAUUUUACGCAACCACAACUCUUGACUGUCGAAACUCGCCCGGAGGCACCGCUUUCUCCCCCUGCCUCUCCUGCAGAGCAGCAGGCGCAAGGAAAUGGAGUAUGGGGCUACUACGAGCCGACGAACGCAGCGUGGGGCAACGACGACCCGAAGCCGGAGCCUCCGACGGGAGGGCCCAACCCUUGGAAGAGGGGCAAGCGCCACGUCUGGCCGAAGAAUCGCGACAUAAAGCCAAUCCCUGAUGACGAAGAGGACGGUGGUGUGGAGUGCAAGUCGGAAUGCAACGGCGAUCCCGACUACGAUGUGAGGAAGCUUGUUGACUGGAACGGUGACUGGCUUCCGCCGCCGGAAACUUGGUCAGCCCGCCAUGCAUUCACUGAUCGUCAUUUCGGCGCAGGCAUCGAGAAGUGGAUCAACGGUCAUGAUAAGCGCUGCAUCGAGAAUCAGAGCGACCUUCUCCGGUCGGUUGAGUUCGAAGGUGUCGAAGGAGGCGUUGUCUUGAUCGAUGGCGAAGAAGUUGCUCAACAAACGAUCAAUUACGAGAUUGUCCCCCGGAGCUGGAUUGCUACCAAGAUCGAAGGCGACCCACCGCAGGACUUUUGGAAGGCAUUUGCUCAUCGUGCUCCUGCACCACUCAGUGAUAUCGACAUUACCGAACAUCGCCCUUUUUGGGAUGAUUAUCUUGACAACACUACCAACUUUCUCAACCCGAUGCAACACCCAGCCAAGGCAGAGCUCGACAUGAACGACGAAGAGAAUCACAAGCAGGCCGCGGGGCAGUCAGCAACACAAUAUCUGAGGCAUAUUCAUGAGAAGAAUCAAAUCCGCAAGAGAAGGCAUCAGGCAAAGCUGGCCAAGAAGAACCAGAACCAGAACCAAGAGCUCCCCCCUCGUGACCCUGGCUAUCGCCCUAUAAGCAAUAUAUACUUGCGACCUGUUGUUGCGGCUGAUGCCAAAGGUAUUCAAGAGCUCUACAAUUAUUACGUCACGAACUCAUUUCAUACGCACGAGCACCUACCCCGAGCUACCAAGGAUAUCGUAGAGCGAAUUCGAAACAUUACUGACGAAGGCCUCCCAUACAUUGUUGCUGUGCUCAAGGGUUCUCACCUCAAGGGCCCUCAAGCUUUCGUCAAUGAGCACAUUGUCGGUAUUGCGUACAUUGAUGACUUCGUCGACAAAGGCAGCAUGUGUCGCUACACGUUCGAGCUCGAAUGCUACGUCCAUCCAGACUUCGCCCGCCAAAACAUAGCCAAGUGUCUUUUCGACCGUCUCCUUUCGAUCGUCAACCCUAGCUAUCCUGUAAGAGGUGGCUACAACUGGGUCAAUCGUGGCGAGUAUCUCAAGAAUGGUCCGGCUCGCGUCGUCAAGGUCAUCAACUGUCACGUUUAUCAUGAGGCGGGUGACGACGUGGUUUGGGUCACCGAAUUCAUGAGGAAGUUCAAGUUCCGCAAAGCUGGCCACUUGUUCAAGAUGGGCUACAAAUAUGGCAAAAUCGUCGACCUCAUUAUCUACCAACACGAGACAGGCGAGGAUGUUGACCCAAAUGUCCCUCCCAUGACACCAUUAUGAGGUGGAGGCAUCGUACAGCGUCUUCCGAAAAAAGCACCGGCUUCAGCAACUAAUUAGGAUACUCUACCCAAAACCGACCCCAACAUGUGGCCACCACAUUUUUGUAUUUCUUUCCAAGGUCCCUCACACCAACACUUCACUUUGCUCUUUUGCCUUGUACCAGCUCGACGUCGCCGAUGCACAAAUUGCGGCCGAGGGCAACGGCGACUGAGGAAUGUUCGUACAUUUCAAGGGCAUUGCAACCUGUCCCAGCUCGCCUUUGAGACUGAGAAGCU